CUGGCUGCCUCCCUAUGUGAGUGCGAGGAGCCGUCCCUGCUUCAGUAGAUUACAGCAUGAGGACUGAUCCCACGCUCUGACCAAAGAACGCCGGACGCAGACCACUGAGUGGCGGAGACGAGAGCGGGUCGCGGCGUUGUGGUCAUGGAUGGAAGGAAAGUGUGCGUACUGAUGGUGCUGUGGGCCGCGGCACACCUCACCUCUCCGGGGUACGGGCUCAGGGCCCUGCGGAGGACUACAGGGGGGCGGAGGGGGUCCGCGGGCCUGACGGGACAGGACGCCAACGGAGUGCCGCUCAGACGCUCCAAACGAGGGUGGAUGUGGAACCAGUUCUUUUUGCUGGAGGAGUACACCGGGACAGACAUGCAGUAUGUCGGAAAGCUUCAUUCAGAUUCCGACCGAGGAGACGGAAGCGUGAAGUACGUCCUCAACGGGGAGGGGGCGGGGUCCCUCUUCAAGAUCGACGAGAAGUCCGGGGACAUCCACGCCACCAAGAGGCUGGACCGGGAGGAGAAGGCCUACUACAUCCUCCACGCCAAAGCCGUCAACCGCUUCACCAACGAGGCGCUGGAGGGCGAGUCCGAGUUCAUCAUCAAGAUCCACGACAUCAACGACAAUGAGCCGCGGUUCACCAAGGACCCGUACAUGGCCCGAGUCCCUGAAAUGUCCGACAUCGGCACCUCGGUGAUUCAGGUGACGGCCACCGACGCGGACGACGCCACCUACGGGAACAGCGCCAGGGUGGUGUACAGCAUCCUGGAGGGCCAGCCGUACUUCUCCGUGGACCCGGACACCGGCCUGAUCAAGACGGCUCUGCCCGGCAUGGACCGAGAAGUCAAAGAGAACUACCAGGUUGUGAUCCAGGCCAAAGACAUGGCCGGACAGAUGGGCGGCCUCUCAGGAACCACCACGGUCAGCAUCACCCUCUCCGACGUGAACGACAACCCGCCGCGUUUCACCAAGACCCUCUACGAGUUCCGGGUGCCCGAGUCCAUCGAGCUGGGGUCCACGGUGGGACUGAUCCGAGCCAUGGACGGAGACAUCGGCGAGAACGCGGAGAUGGACUACAGGAUCAUCGGGAGCGACGGCACUGGCGUGUUCGACAUCACCACCAACAGGAGCACGCAGGACGGCAUGAUCGUGCUGAGGAAG